AUGAAAUUAUCAACACCAAGAUAUACAUUUUGUUUGUUUAGUCAGCUUAUUUUUAUGUUCUGCGAUCUGAUAUUCAACUGUAUUAGCUUAUUUCCAAAGAGCCGUGAUGGAUUACUUGUAUUAUUCAUAUUCCAAGACUUAUUUCUAAUUCUCUCUGUCACUUUGAUGUUGAUGACUUUUUUCUCUACAUAUUUGUUUCAAGCCGGUCUGGUGGAGGUAUUAAUACGCAAAUUCCGUGCAGCGGGAUCCGUCAUUGCUGCAUACAUGGUAAUCAGUGUUACUCUACAUGCUGUGUGGCUACUUGAGAAGUGGUCAUAUCCUGAAUCUGUUUCUACACCAUUACUGAUUGUGCUGUUUACAUUGCAAAGAUGCUUGUCCCCAUGGUACUACUUCUUCUACAAGCGCGCAGCUCUACGUGUUAGUGACCCACGCUUCUAUGAGGACAUAGACUGGAUCAACAGACAGCUGCAAACACAUUAA